AUGCUCGUGAAGCUUGCUGUCCUCUCUGCUGCCGCUUCUUCGGCCUACGCACAUGCGUUCAUUAACAGUGUUGCUGGUGCCAACGGUGUUUCCGCUGUCGGUCUCGGCGUCACCUUCAAUGGUGAGGUCGAGCGCGGUGGCACUGGCGAGCAGCCCUUCCAGCUCGACACGCCCGUCCUGAAGGACACCGCAACUGACCCUUGUGGCGCUACGCUCCUCGCCGGCUCUGUCAACAUCGCAACCUCAAUGGCCAAGGUCUCCAAGGCCUUUGGCGGUGUCCCGACGAUCCCCGACAACGGCACCCUCACCAUGGGUGUGUUCCAGGUCAACGCUGACGGCGGAGGCCCAUUCGCCGCGGAGAUCAACACCGACGCCACUGGUGAGACAUGGACUACUAUCAACGUCCUCUCCCAGCCCCCUGGUGUCAACGGUGUCCUCCACAACGGUCCCGCGAACUCUUCGAUCACCGUCCAGAUCCCGUCGGGUACAACUUGCACUGGUGCUGGUAGCACUUGCUUGAUUCGCUUGAACAACGGUGGCGAGACCUCGUCAAUCGCGAACGGCGCUGGUCCAUUCGGUGGCUGCGUUGCUGUCUCCCAGGCCGCUGCUGCGUCUACGUCCACGACCGCGACUGGUACAACUGGCACGACUGGCAACAACAAGAACAAGAACAAGAAUGCCGCAAACGCCAAUCGCAACCGCGUCGUCGGCCGCCACUUCUACCCCUCCGUUCAGGCGCGCAACGAGGCUGUUGCUGAGGUCGUUCACCGUGACCUCGUUGACAUGAUGGAACGCCAGCUUUCUCCGCUCAUGGAGAAGCGUUCGCUUGUCGAGCGUGAGAUCAACGAGAAGCGCCAGCAGCUCACUGCUCAGCUUCUCGACGAGCUCUCCACAGUUACCGGCACGGCUAUCGACAUCCCGAUCGACCGCAUGGCCGGCCACGACGACAAUGCUGCUAAGGGUGGCAACUCGACGACGCCCACCGGUGCUGUCUUGACUACUCAGCAGGCGAUCGACCUCAAGAAGGCCGUCCAGACCGCUAUUGGCAACGCCAUGGAGCUCCUCGCGAGCACCCAGGUCGACGCCGGUGCCGGUGGCCAGGACUCGACCAUCACGGACGCCAAGAACGCUGCUGCUGCCGCCGCUCAGGCUGCAGGCACCACCUCGAUCAACGCUGGCAACGCCGGUGUUGGCUUCUUCAACACUGCCAACGUUGACAGCCUUCUCGGCGAGAUCGUGACGGCGUCGCUCGCCAUCACCGCCGACGCCACUGCUGCUGCAACUGGCACUGCUGCUGCAACUGGCACUGCUGCUGCCGCGACGAUCACCCCCGCUGCGACUGCCACCGCCACCACGUCGACCAAGGGCAACAAGAACAAGAACAACAGGCAGAAGAACCAGCGCCGUUACACCCCCCGCCGCCUCUGGUCCGCAUAA